CAAAAACGCAUUCUCCCAAACAAAUCGAAGAGUUCGGGUCUCUCUCUCGCGGCGGCGCAGGCGUCUCUCCUCCAUCUCCGGCGGCGGAAAGGCAUUUCGGCAUCUGAGCCCAACAGCUAGCAAAUGGCAGGCGGCAGAAUUGCACAUGCUACCCUCAAGGGUCCGAGCGUGGUGAAGGAGAUCUUCAUUGGACUCACCCUCGGGCUGGUUGCUGGUGGUAUGUGGAAGAUGCAUCACUGGAACGAGCAGAGGAAGACUCGAUCCUUCUAUGACAUGCUUGAGAAGGGUCAGAUCAGUGUCGUUGUCGAGGAGUAGUUCUGCCGUGCUGGACCUGAAGCUCUGCAUCCUCAAAGUCUUUUGUCAUUUUGUUUUUGCCAGUAAUUUUCUGAAACUCCCUGGAGGGCAUGACAAAUUGAUUGCUGUGGAGAUUGUCAUGAAAAUAAGCACCACUAUUUGAGAACAUCGAACCAAUUUUACAUUUGCCUUGUCUUUGACAUCUUAAAUGUCUGUCUCAUAUCUGUCACAAACAAAAUUGACAUCAAUACGAUUUAGAUGUCCUGAUA